AUGACAAUCACCGCGCACCCCAACACACAGCCCAAGUGGUGGAAAGAAGCCACCGUGUACCAGAUCUACCCCGCCAGCUUCAACGACUCCGACAACGACGGGUGGGGCGACAUCGGCGGAAUCACGCAGAAACUGCCCUACCUCAAGGAGCUCGGCGUCGAUUGUAUCUGGAUCUGUCCCUUUUACGACUCGCCCCAGCAGGACAUGGGCUACGACAUCUCUGACUACGAAAAAGUGUGGCCCCGCUACGGUUCCAACGAGCAGUGCUUCGAGCUCAUCGACCAGGCGCACGCCGCUGGGCUCAAGGUCGUCGUGGACCUCGUGAUCAACCACUGCUCGGACCAGCACCGUUGGUUCCAGGAGGCUCGCGCGUCCAAGUCCAGCGCCAAGCGCGACUGGUUCAUCUGGCGCGCGCCCAAGGCCUUCGACCAGGACGGCAAGCCCAUCCCACCCAACAACUGGCGCUCGUUCUUCGGAGGUUCCGCCUGGCAGUAUGACGACGCCAGCGGCGAGUUUUACCUGCGCCUGUUCGCCUCGGGCCAGCCCGAUCUCAACUGGGAAAACGACGAGUGUCGCCACGCCAUCUACGAGUCCGCUGUGGGCUUCUGGCUCGACCACGGCGUCGACGGCUUCAGAAUCGACACUGCCGGCCUGUACUCCAAGGUUCCCGGCCUCCCAGACACGCCAGUCGUCGACGAGACCUCCGAGUUCCAGGACCCCAACCCGAGCACCCACAAUGGGCCUCGCAUCCACGAGUUCCACAAGGAAAUGCACCAGUUCAUGAAGGAUCGCGUGAAGGAUGGGAGAGAGCUGCUCACCGUCGGCGAGAUGGGCGUUGCAGACCCCAAGGUCCGCUUGGACUACACCCUCGAGGAAUCUAAGGAACUGAGCGAGCUGUUCAGCUUCGCGCACACUGAGGUGGGCACCACGGGCUUCUACCGCUACAACAUCUCGCCAUUCACUUUGAAGGAGUGGAAGCUAGCUAUUGCAGACAGUUUCAACUUCAUCAACAACACUACUGCCUGGUCCACCAUCUACUUGGAAAACCACGACCAGCCACGUAGUGUGACCCGUUUCGGCGACGACUCGUCAGCCUGGCGUAAGGUAUCCGCCAAGCUUUUGGCUCUUCUGGAGAUAUCUCUCACCGGUACUUUGUACGUGUACCAAGGCCAGGAGCUCGGCCAGAUCAACUUGAAGAACUGGACCAUCGACCGCUACGAGGACGUUGACGUCAAGACCAACUACAACAUCAUCAAGGAGAAGUUCGGCGAGGACUCCGUCGAGAUGUUAAAGUUCCAGCAGGGUGUCGCGCUUGUUUCCAGAGACCACUCCAGAAGCCCCUUCCCAUGGUCCAAAGAAGAGCCCUAUGCCGGUUUCUGCAAGUCCGCUAUUCCAUGGUUCGGCUUAAACGAGUCUUUCAGAGAAGGUAUCAACGCGGAGGAAGAGUUGAAAGAUCCAGACUCUGUUUUCCACUUCUGGAGAAAGGCUCUGCAGGUUAGAAGACAACAUAAAGACAUACUUAUCUAUGGUUUCGACUUCCGUUUCCACGAUCUCGACGACCCCAAGAUCUUCAGCUUCACGAAGCAGUCCGGUGACAAGACACUAUUCGCAGCCUUGAACUUCAGCAGCGAUGAAGCGAAGUUCACUGUUCCAGAUGAAGCAGCAACUUACAAGCCCUUUUUCGGCAACUACGAAGAUACUGACGCCAACUCCACAACUUUGAAACCUUGGGAAGGGCGUCUCUACUACGUCGAAUAG